UUUAAUAUAAAAACAUUAGGAGAAUAUAGUGACUUAUACUUAGCAACAGAUGUAUGUUUACUUUCUGAUGUUUUUGAAAAUUUUAGAGAUCUUUGUUUACAAACACUUAAACUCGAUGCUUCACAUUUUAUGACCGCUCCAGGAUUUGCAUUCGAUUGUAUGUUAAAACAUACUAAUGUUAAAUUAGAACGGCUUAAACAGUAUGAUAUUCAAAUUUUUCUGGAGAACGGAUUACGUGGUGGAAUUUGUCAUUCAGUUAAAAGACAUGUAAAAGCUAACAUUCCUAAUAUUCAAAAUAUUAAUUAUGAUUCAAACAAACCUGUAACGUGGUUAGCUUACUUGGACUGUGUAAAUCUAUAUGGAAAAUCAAUGCUAUCUGCUUUACCUCAUACAAAUUUUGAAUGGUUUAACGAUUUGACAAUAGAUAUAACACAAAUUGAAGAUGAUGCUGAAUAUGGUUAUAUUUUAGAAGUAGAUGUUAUUUAUCCAAAACAAUUACAUGACAAUCAUAAUGAUUUCCCAUUUUUACCUGAGAAUAAAUGUCCUCCCAAUUCAAAAGUAAAAAAACUAUUAACAACAUUAGAAUCGAAAUUUAAUUAUGUAGUUCACUAUAGAAAUUUGAAACAGGCCAUCGUUAAUGGAUUAAAAGUGAAAAAAGUUCAUAGGAUUCUGCGUUUUUCACAAUCUCGUUGGGUGGCACCAUAUAUAAAUUUAUGUACAAAUAUGAGGGUUAAGUCAAGGAAUGAGUUUGAACGACAAUUCUGGAAACUGUUAGUGAAUAGUGUCUAUGGAAAAUGUAAGAAAACGUAUGUCAAUGUUUCUAGUAUCUAACGAAAAAAAAGCACAUCGAUUAAUGUCGAAAACAACAUUUAAAGAUCGAACUAUAUACACAAAAAAUUUAAUGGCUAUUCAUAUGAAUAAGGAAAAAAUUAAAUUUGAUAAGCCUAUUUAUGUAGGAUUUGCAAUAUUGGAUAUUUCAAAGUCGAUAAUGUAUGAUUUUCAUUAUAAUGUAAUGAAAAAUAUGUAUAGAAAUAAAAUUAACAUUGUGUAUUCAGAUACUGAUUCGUUAGUUUACGAAAUAAGAACUUCUAACUUUUUCGAUGACAUAAAACGAAAAUUAUUUUCUUACUUUGAUACUUCAAAUUAUCCGAAAAAUCA